AUGGAAUUUCUCAAAACCUGUAAUACGAAUGCGCAAGCUAUAGGAGACUUUGAGGCUGUCGCAUAUCAAGCCUUCUCCAUCACUCGCACCACCACCCCCACUUCCUCGAGAACCCGAGAUUGGAACACGUCGGAAGACAUACGCGCGGUCGAGGCUGAAUUGAGACAAGGCCUGCAACUCGUCGCGCAGGAUGCAUAUCGACCUUGGCUGUGGCUGUUCAAGCCCACGACGGUCGACAAGGUAGAGCCGAACGAUGCCGAACCCCCAGAGCUCGACGGCUAUCGCCUGCACAGCGAACAGACAGGAUGCACCAAAGCCAUCGAUCUAGUGCGACCCCCCAUGCGCCCGGGCAAUCCCAACACAACUGCCACUUCCAACAACUCCCCAGCAGCGACACAACCACAAAGGGGCUUGCAUGCUGGCAGUACGAGGCCGUCCCAGAGCAGCAGCCAGCCUCAAGCAUCUGACCCCCCUCCGCCGCCUGAUUGCUUCACCAUCUAUGAGCUCUUCACAUCAUCUGUCAUUGCACUCAUAUCGUUCCACGUCGUCAAAGAUUGCAACGUGACUGCCUUGAACUACCGCACAUUUGUGUCCAAGGCUUGCAAACGAGCUGACGAUGACCAACAUGAGAUUGAAACUCCAGCCCCUGUGCAUCGUCUUACUAGCAUGAAUGUACAUUGGGCUAGCUCAGGCGCGCUCCUAGUCUCGACUUUCACUGACUACAAGACUGACAUUCGUUGCGUCAGCGACAUCUCGACACAAGCCGAAGAGAAAUGGCUUACUGGCAGGUGCAUACGAGUGGCUCCCAACGGCUUGCUCGCAACCAUCUCGAGUUUUGAUGAUCCACUUGAUUCCAUCAUAGAGGAGAUUGGUCUCCGUCACAGAAAGCGUACUAGGCUCACUACUUUGGAGCAAAGCAUUGAGAACUGGAAGUCGGGUGUCAAGCGUUGGUUAGGCUGGAAGGGCUAUGCUUUGCCUGGCCUGGAGAAGAAAAGCUCCUGGGUCAGAAUACGUACAACCUUGACCAAUAGCCCCACAGUCUCGAGCCCGGCUUUCGCAGGCCCAGAUCGGGACGUCCUCUGGCCGCGAGCACUGUGCUUCUUUCACAGUGCAGAGGAGCAUGAGAAGACAUCUGCAGACUUGACUGCUGGAGGACAGGGUAUGCUAAAAUGGUACGAGACGCCAGAAUCCAUGGGCUUCAAAGACCCGCUCGAUGCUGCACAGGAAUGGUUCCUGGGAAAGCCGGACCGUGACAAGAUUCUUGAAGCAAGACGCAAAGCAAAGAAGGCUGAAGAAGACUCUGCUCGUCGUAAAGACGAACAACAGAACCUGUUUCCGUCAUCGCCACUAAAUUCCCGUGGUGGAGCCUACGGCGACCUGCACCCUGUAAGCGGUGUCUACCCUACGCCUCCGGAUGGUGUUGCUCCUGGCACUGCAGUGUCCCAUAGCGACACACCGAGCGUGUCUGGUACGGUUUCCAACAUUAUCCUAGCACCAGGAGGCAGCAAUCCUGCCAUCAAUCUUUCGGCUCCACAAGACGACGCCAAGAUGGACGAACAAAAUAUGUCUUUGACGUCCCCAGUCGUUCCUUCUGCGCCUGACAACUUCAAUACGUCCACUGGUAACGACGACCUUUUUGGCGAUAUGGACGAAGACGGAUAUGGGGGUGACCGCAUCAACGACGACGACUUCGACUUUUUUGACGAACCGGACGACAACGACGUUGACAUGCUAGAUGCACCCGCGCUACCAGACAACACGGGAGUACCUGGCGACACUACACAUGAAUCUGAACCUCAACCCAUUGCCGAGCCUCCACCUGAAGAGGACACCUCCGACCCCUUUGCUGCUCUUGAAAGUGCUCUGGCCACAGCUUCUGAGCCUACCAUAGAUGUGGACAAACAAGACAAAGGCAAACAGCCAGCCAUCACGGAGGUGCCCCUGAUCGAAAGCCCCGACUUGUCUGAUGAGAAACAAGCCGUUCCAACAGCUAAAACAAAGGUUACAUUCUCAAAGGAGCCCACUCCACCACUAAGCCCUAGCGCUAUUUCCAAGGCGCUGCAGCCAUCUCCGCCUAACAAGUUGGCAUCGCAUAUUCGAUCAAACCAACCCAUGGACACCAAAUAUGAUGCUCAUUUCAAUCCGGUAGUUUUCAGUCGGAAAAUGAGCAUGUCUGAUGCAAAAUACCAGGACGGGCGAUUUAGCGCAUAUCGCCCUGGGGAAAACAUUAAUCAAAACUUGUCCAGCCCUAGUCCUGGUCCCAGGCCCACUUUAACACAGACCAAGAAUUUAAGAGACAUCCCUCUGCUUACGAAGCUUCGUAUCACUGUGGGUGCAGCGUCUACAAAACAGAUACCAGAGAUAGCAUCUCUUGCUCGAGCAGCUAGUGAAGACUCAGACUCCAGCGAGACAUCAGACGAAUCCGAUGAAGACUCUGGAGAAGAAGAGGAAGUGGGAACGACGCACGCAGCUAUCAUAGGCGGCCUCGUCAUGCCCGCAAAAAGAAAAUUACAGAGUGAGGGUAACGCCACACCACUUUCUGUAACGUCAUUUGCGGACUCAAUAGGAGGCGACUGGCAUGACCUGCACGGUCUACAACUUGACGAGUUAAACCUGAACAGUUUCGAGCCAAGUCUAUGGGACUGGUCCUUGGUUCACUUUCCUUCCCCAAUGGAACGACAUGCAGCUGGCGCGCGCUACAGCCUACCUGCUCUACAGACAAACCCUGCGCAAAUGCCCGACACCCCUACCUCUCAGCCCGAGAUGACUUAUGAGGUUCCAGAGGAAAAGCCUUUGAGCGCAAAGGACAGCAUCUCCAUCACGCAAAUAGUGACAGAUCAGAUUGUGAGAACAACACUUGAUCUACUAGGAGAGGAUAUACCGUUCGAUAAAGAAAAUGGUAAUGAGACGACAGCAGAGACGCGUUGGCACACUGUCAUCAAAGAAAUUUUCCCAGCGGCUGCAGAAUGUGACCUACCUACACUUGCAGGCGUGCACGAAGUUUUUCAGGACUAUGCUGCCCUGGCGAAAGCACAGCAAAGGCCAGCCACGCGAAAGAGUGACGGACCGGCGGUAACUGGGAGCCACAUGUACCAGAUCAACGCACCAUUCUUGAGAGUGCGACGCGCAGAAACGCAUUGGGACUUGCUUCCUCCUGCAGUAGCUUUUUGGGAGCCUUUGGGAUUAUCACCCAUCAGUCCACCGAAGAACAUUGUUACAUUUUGCGUAUACCCUCAUAGCGAUGCUCUCAGACCUUGCCUAGAGAAUUUCUUGCUCAACCUUCAGCUUGCCUACGACAGCUGUAAGCUCGGUACACAUAGUCGAGUCGAGACGGUCGUAGAGUUCGAAGGAGGUCUUGUGCCUGUAAGGGCCAGCUCAGCCAUCACACCAGCAGAGACGUUCAAGCUUCUCAAGGAGACAUGUGUCCAGCUCGGAAAACUUCUUGCCAUACAGCAUGCCAAAAUACGAGAGCAGCAAGAUUCGAAGAUUGAUGCGUUUGUCAUCUACAUGAUCGAUCCUUUGGGCAAUCCAUCCACGCUGUGGGAGCUAUGUUCGGCUUUCUGGGCGCUCUUCCAGGCUUACGGUCAAGGAUCCACAGGACGUCCGGACCAGCCUCAAAAGCCAGACCUUGUGCUUCAGGUCAUACCGAUCAAGUAUAUCGCCUCGUUCGACACCCCUGUGAUCCUAGAUCCCGCUACUUACUUCAGCCUUGCCCGAGAAGUCUACGAUCGAUGCCCGCCAAGCGCACCUAGUGGUGACAAAACAUCUCUUAGCAUAUAUGCGGCGCCUGCUUUUCACCUCGAAGAAACUCUUCCACGCAACAUACCCUUCAAGCUUAUCUCUGAGCCUGCGCAGGAUCUGCUUCGAGAAAACACAUAUAUGCACCUUGGGUACGCGAUUAGCCUUGACGGCACUUGGGUGACAGCAGCUUGGACCGACAGCUGUGGGAAGUCGCAAGCAGUCGUCUCGUAUCAUUUAGGUACACGCAUGUUCAGAGAGGUUGCAAAAGAAAUAUGGCAAACCACUAUCGAGAUUCUGCAAUCGCGACGAGUCAAUUGGCGCGUUUGUAUCGCCAAAGCCGGGGUCCUGGAAAGGGAAGAACUAGAGACCUGGGUCUUCCUUAUCUCUUGUCCGACUCAGAUCAAUGUGUUCGUCACAUUACUCACAGCGGUAGAUACGGAUCCACCGUACAAGUUCACGCCUACCAUGACUGGGCCGAGCACGACUACUGGUGGUAGUACAAACACCCCAGACUCCACACCCCAAGCUGGUGUCUCCCCCUCCGAUCUAGGGCCAGGCCUAACACCCGCCGCAACACCGUCCGCCGAUCCCUCCGCCACGGAUCCAGCAGCGGACCCAGAAGCUCGCUUAAUCGACAUCACAGACGAAACAUGGGGCGUAAUCCUCGCUCAUCGUCUUCACAACACACACUCCACAACCCAAUUCAGCCCCGCCCUCAUAUCCGGUCUCCUGGUCAAACGCGGAGAAACACAGCAUACCCGCAACAGCAUCUCACACCCCAUCCCAGACCCCGAACCAGGUCCCACGGUCGUAGCAGUAAACUUCCUUUGGAUUGGCGCUGUAGGCUCAACACGCGCUGCUUCUUCUCCUUUCCCACCGUCUUCUUCCAGUAGCACCUCCUCCGCUACGCCGGCAUCCUCAGAUCUCCCUAGUCCGGGUGCUUCUACCUUGCCUAACCCCUAUGCCAGUAACGCGGCUACACCGCACAGUCCCGGGCCGGGUCAGGAUGCGGGACAGAGGAGUACGACGAGUCUUAUGUGGACGCCUACCCCGCAGACGAGAACGACGGCUGAGGGAUUGUUGAAGGAAGUUCUGGGGCAGUUUAGGGCGCUGGGGUUGUUGGCAAAGCUUAGGGGGAUGAGGGGCACGAGGAAUGGGGCUGUUCCUUGGCAUGUUGUUGCUGCUAAGAGGGGUGUUGAAGGGUUGAGUAAGGUUGGCGAGGCGGUUUAA